AGUUGGUGGCGAUUUUUGAUUCAUUUUCAGAGUAGAGAAACGUCUGAUCUGUGGAUAUCCAUCCACCAAACACCUUCCCUCCCUCCUUCUCAACUACCACUUUCUAGCUCUUCAGCUCUUUCUAUAUAUUGUGAUUCUUAUCCUCUCUGCAACUGUUCUUCUUCCUACUUGUCUCCUUUCCAUUUGUAUGUAGAGAGAGAAGAAGAAGAAGAAGAAGAAGAAGAAGAGGUCAUGGUGGUGGGGGAGAGAGUGAAGGCUUUCUUCAAUGAUAGAUGGCUGGUUUUCGUGGCUUCAAUGUGGGUACAGUCUUGCUCCGGCAUCGGCUACUUGUUCGGCAGCAUCUCUCCGGUGAUCAAGACCGCCAUGGGCUACAAUCAGAGGCAGGUUGCCAUGCUCGGCGUCGCUAAGGACUUGGGGGAUGCUAUUGGCUUCCUUCCCGGGGUCCUCUGCGAGAUUAUGCCCAUCUGGGUCGUCCUCUUCAUUGGCGUUUUGCAGAACUUCUUCGGCUAUGGCCUCGUCUGGCUUAUCGUCGCCCACAAGAUUCCUGAGCUCCCUCUUUGGCUGCUUUGCGUUUUGAUAUUUGUGGGAACAAAUGGCGAGACAUACUUCAAUACUGGGGCUCUAGUUUCCAGUGUUCAAAAUUUCCCCAAAAGCCGUGGUCCAAUAGUUGGAAUACUGAAAGGAUUUGCAGGGUUAAGUGGUGCAAUUUUGACACAACUUUAUACCAUGAUCAACUUCCCUGAUCAAUCAUCACUGGUCUUCAUGGUUGCUGUUGGGCCAUCGAUUGUGAUCACUGCUGUGAUGUUCUUAGUGAGACCUGUGGGAGGUCACAGACAAGCUAGGCCAUCUGAUCAGUCAAGUUUCCUAUUUACUUACAGCAUUUGCCUUAUUUUGGCAGCAUAUCUGUUGGCAGUUCUGCUGCUCCAGGAUUUAGCGAGUGUGAGCCAAAAUUUGAUAACCGUGUUAACCAUUGGCUUGGUUGUUCUUGUAUUGCUUCCAAUUACAAUCCCUACUAUUUUGGUUUUCUUCCCGGGAUCAAGAUCUCAAUUAGAGGAAAGCCUUCUCCCUGGAUCUGAGAAACAAGAACCCUCUAAGUCUGGAGAGGAUUCGAAAGAGGUAAUUUUCAGUGAACUUGAGGAGGAGAAACCUCCAGAGGUAGACACACUUCCACCACCAGAAAGACAGAAAAGGAUUGCUCAUUUGCAAGCUAAACUAUAUCAAGCUGCUGCAGAAGGAGCAGUUAGGGUGAAGAGGAGAAAGGGCCCACGCAGGGGCGAGGAUUUUACUUUACUUCAGGCACUUGUAAAGGCGGAUUUCUGGCUCAUUUUUAUCUCCCUGGUACUAGCAUCUGGUUCUGGCUUAACAGUGAUUGAUAAUCUUGGUCAGAUGUCCGAGUCUCUAGGGUAUGCCAAUACCCAUGUAUUUGUUUCAAUGAUCAGCAUCUUUAACUUUCUUGGCCGUGUUGCAGGUGGAUACUUUUCUGAAAAUAUUGUAAGAAAUUAUGCAUACCCAAGGCCAGUGGCAAUGGCUGCUGUUCAAAUUGUUAUGGCAUUUGUGCUUUUCUUUUAUUCCAUGGGCUGGCCGGGCGCAAUUUAUGUACUCUCUGUCAUGGUAGGCCUUUGUUAUGGAGCCCACUGGGCAAUCGUCCCAGCUGCGAUUUCUGAACUUUUCGGAUUGAAAAGCUUCGGAGCAUUAUAUAAUUUCCUUACAUUGGCAAGUCCAGCUGGUUCCUUGGUCUUCUCUGGAGUAAUAGCCAGUGGCAUCUACGACUACCAAGCAAAGCAGCAACAACAACUUACCCGAGCAUCAAAUUUACUUGCUGAUGAUGAAGUCCUUACGUGCACUGGUACCAUAUGUUACUCUCUCACUUGUGGUAUAAUGUCUGCUCUCUGCAUUAUCGCGUUUGUGUUGAGUUUGAUCGUUGUGCAUCGUACUAAGAGGGUUUACGCCCAACUCUAUAACAAGGCGGGUAAUUGAGCCUAAAAAUGGGUAUGCUAUGAUCUCUCUGCAAGCUUGGGUUUUUUAAAUAUCCAGUUUUGCUUGCUGGAUCAUUCCAUACAUUAUCAGAAGAACGAGAGGAAGCACACAAAACGUACGACUACUUCCACAUGUUCCCGGAGACUGAAGCCAGCCCGCAUCAGAUCUCAUUUAUUCGUAAGCUGCUGUAAUUUGUUUUGUAGGAACUGCUUAUUGUAUUCAAAUGUUCUUUGGCCUUUUAAAUUUUGCAUCAAGGCCCAUUCAAGAUGUGGGAAAAGUUGAUCAUUUGCUUGGACUGUAAGUGUUGUGAAUGGGAGGAGUGAUGGAUAUUGUACUGUGAACCAUAUUUAAGUCUUUAUUAAUGGAAAAGUUGAAGUGCAUUUUGUUCAUUUAAAA